AUGUCGAACGACAUAUCAUCCUCUCGACCCACAGCCACGAGCUCCCGCCCAUGUAAGACCCUUCGGAAGCGAGUAAAGUUCCAGCAAAGUGAGCACGAUGGCGCAGUCGACGAUGACGAUAACACGGAAGAAGGACCCCCGCGGCCACUUCCCAAGAGCGACUACAAGUCCCUAUACAAAUGGUGGAAUGACGAAUACCGCCUAGUCGCAGUCUGCGUUAUCGGAGCCAUCGUCCUAGGAAUCAUCUUCAAGACCUACAACAACGAGCCGAUCCCCCAACUGAUGAAUGGCAAUCUCGACUUCGAUGUCAUCAUUGUAGCCAUGUUCACCUGCGUUCGCGUCGCCAUGAGUGGAAUUGUCGAAACCUCCAUCAGCCAGUCUGCCUGGAUAUGGGUAUCUGAAGCCCGGCAACGUCGCACCAACGACAGCCGAGCCAGGUUGGAAGACUUCAAGAUAUACGACGAGGCGUCGCGCGGACUUUGGGGCAGCCUGUAUCUCUUGUGGCGAUUGAGAGGAAGACAUCUUGCUUGUAUCGGCGCCUUGAUUGUUAUCCUUGUUCACGGACUCGAGGCAUCCUCCCAGCAGCUUUACCGGUAUGAGGGCAAGUCACAAAAAAUCGACCAACCCGAAGUCGCGGCACCCGAGAGAAGCGAUUUGUAG